AAUACAUAACUAGAGAAGAUGAUUCUUCAGGACACAAAUAUGCCGGUGAUACCGGGGGAGAAGUUGCCUCGUGAAGAAUCGUACGAGUUGCAAUUAAUGGUGGCAGACUUGUUGAAUAGAAAAAACCCCAAUUUCCCCGGGUCUCAGCCAGUUUCUUUCGAGAGACUCCAUCUCACCGACACCCUCAUGAAAAAAGACUACUACGUGUGUGAAAAGUCCGAUGGCUUGCGGUGCUUGUUGUUCAUCAUUAACCAUCCAGAGAGGGGCGAGGGUGUGUUUUUGAUUACUCGUGGGAAUGAAUAUUACUAUAUUCCCAACAUCCACUUCCCAUUGUCCAUGAAUGAGGAAAAGGGAAAGACAUUUCAUCACGGAACCUUGCUUGACGGUGAAUUGGUACUAGAAACUAAGAACGUCAGCGAACCGUACCUCAGGUAUUGUAUUUUUGAUGCUUUGGCUGUCAAUGGCAAAGAUAUCACUGGUAGAUUUCUUCCUACAAGAUUGGGAUAUAUCACCGAGCAAGUGAUGAAACCUUUUGACAACUUCAAACGCAAAAACCCCGAGAUUGUCAAUUCUAGCACCUUUCCCUUCAAGGUCAGCUUCAAAUUAAUGACAUCGGCCUACCAUGCCGAUGAUGUCUUGAGCAAAAAGGACCAAUUGUUUCAUGAAUCGGAUGGGUUGAUCUUCACUUGUGCUGAAACUCCUUAUGUGUUUGGCACAGACACCACUUUGCUCAAGUGGAAACCCGCACAAGAAAACUCAAUUGACUAUAAGAUGGAAAUAUUGUUCAAUAAGUACCAGGACCCAGAUAUGGACCCGAGGGACCCAGACUCCACCUAUACGGAUUAUGACUCGAAUCCUGACAUAAUAAAUUUGCAUGUUUGGAAAGGAGGACGAGAUUACGAACAGUUUGCCAGAAUGUACUUGGAAGAAAAGGACUGGGAGUUGUUGAAGUCACUUAAGGAGCCUCUUCAAGGCCGAAUUGUCGAAUGCAAAAAGAAAGUGGAUCUUCCAGGAUACUGGGAAAUGAUGAGGUUUAGAGAUGACAAGUCCAACGGAAAUCAUGUAAGUGUGGUGGAGAAGGUGUUGUUGAGUAUCAAAGAUGGUGUGAGCGAAGAAGAAAUCAUUGCUGCUUGUCCCAAGAUUCGGGACUCGAGAAAAGACAAGCGUCCCAAGAGUGCUCCAGCACCUUCACAUGCACAUUCAGUCAAAGAUCAACAUCCUAAAAAAAGGAGUCGAGAGGGAGAUGCCGAUGAGGUGCAGCCGGCUGCGAAAAAGUUCGAAGAAGAUAUGCCUGCUUACGAAGACAGCGACGAGGAAUAAACCCAUAUGUAUAUAUAUCUGUACUAUUACCAAAAAUUCAG